AUAAAGUGUGUGUUAGUUGUGCUUAUUUUUAGCAAUAGAACACUCUCGCACACGGAUACUGACGUAUUUCUAUGCUGUUGCAACAUAUGAAUAAGCACAUGAGGAGGUUAGUACACUAUCCAAGUGUAGACGCUACUCAGCCAUGACUUUGUACACUUGGGGACCGAACAGUUACGGACAACUGGGCAUAAAGCAUAGCGACGACAAGUUCACACCACAACGUGUCGAGGACUACACAGCUGACGGUAUCACUCUGCUGACGGGAGGAGGCGGUCAUACCUGCAUACUCAAAGCCAAUGGAACUCUGGAUGUGUGCGGCUGGAACAACCGAGGACAACUCGGACUUGGCCACACCAGAGAUAUAGACCAUCUGCAACCAGUCUGUGGGAGCGAUCUAUGUGCAAAGUGGGUCUCCAUUGCUUGUGGGUGGGCACACACCAUCGGAUUGACAGAUUUGGGUGAAGUGUAUGCCUGGGGCUGCAAUAGAUACGGCCAGUUAGGGCUGGGCGAGGCGGCCAAGGGUGCACCCACGACUGCUACAACUGUCCCGCUGGCAUCAAGCAAACCGCUUCACGUUCCACUACAGAGCGAGGACGAUGUCGAUCCAGUCACAAGCAUCGCUGCCGGGCUAAGGCACACAUGUGUGUGCACUAAGAGUGGGAGAGUAUAUGCGUGGGGUAGCGGGCGCCACGGACAGCUGGGCCUAGGCAGUCAAACACUCAAGACGGGUGUACCGGCUCACGUGCCCAUGCCGAAUGGAGAUUGUGCGGUACAGGUAGCUGCAGGUCAAUACCACACACUCAUUCGCACCGCUUCUGGUCGUGUGUACGCCUUUGGAAGCAACAAACACGGUCAGAUUUGCCCCGACACGAAGACCGAGUGUCACUUUGUCUAUACCCCCACACUCAUCGGAAACUUGAACUUGGAGUCAUCCGGAAUACCACUGGUUGUGGACUGUGGAUGGUCGCAUAACUUUCUAAUGAGUGGUCUUAAAGAAGUGUACGCCUGGGGUAGGAAUGCAUAUGGCCAGUUGGGAAUCGGGACCACUGAUGCGAGCGAGGAAUCCGUUUCUAACGCCGUAUUGCGCAAUGUCGAGCAGCUGUCCUGCGGAAGCGAGCACACUCUUGCGCUGCUGACUGAUAAAACUUGUAUAACAUGGGGAUGGAAUGAGCACGGGCCAUGUGGGCACGGAGGCACCGACAACAUCCUCUCACCAACGCCGUUGCAGCUGCUUUCGGAUGAUGGGAUUGCUACACAGGCGGAGUGCCUAAUCGUGGGGACAGGCUAUGGCCAUAGUAUGGCUGUGUUCAGCAUCAAAAACCCAGUUCAGCAGAUGAGAAACAGGAAGCAGGAUAAUUUUGAAUAGCAGAAUGAACUGACCUUAGAAUUAAUUCUGUAUCAGGAUAAUCAGCAAGAUAAGAGGCGCAAUUGAGUCGCACAGCAGCUGUUGGAAGCGGCAGUUAUAUUUUGGCGUAACUUAAGAUUUAGUUUAAAGGAUAUCUAAGACAUGACAGAUCAAAUACACGCAACCUACAAGACUAAAUAUAUAUUCGUCGAAGUUGCAUAGAUUCAUUAAAACCCCCUUUUUG